GUUCGCAUGGGCGAACUCCGUCUUCGCGCAAACCAUCCUCGAUCUCGCAAAGCGGAAACCACACCUCCUAUUCGGCAAGGGCGCGGAGCCAUACACUCUGGACUAGAAGCCUAAGCUCUCGUCGCGCGAUGUCGGUGGCGCUAUGAGUGUCCAAGAGUCCGCCAUUCGGAGCAUACCCAGUUACGCUGCAUUCUUUGGGAUGCUAUAUGCUCUGUACUUCCUUUCGUUCGUCUUGCAUCGACCCGUUAUGGCGAUGCUGGGAUUGCUGGACAGCGAAGGCCAGAUGAUGUUCCGGGCUUGGCUGUGGGACCAACUGUAGUAGAUCCUCGCUUUGCGUGUAAGCAAGAUGCGUUGAUCUUGACGCCCAGUGCCUAUCCUCUCGCUGCAUGCCAAUCCCCUGGUAUCUUGUGUCAUGUGUUCCUCGUAGUAAAGCGGCUGCUCAGGUUCAAAGCGGUUGUCGAUAUGCCAACAUAUCCUGUAAUCCUUCACAGAUCAGGCUGAUAAUGCAGCCUAAACUUCUUAUUCGCCCUAUCCGGCGCCCUGGUCUGGAACUGCUCUCCAAAGAUCUCA